AUGGGUAGGAUACCUUGUUGUGAGAAGGACAACGUCAAGAGAGGCCAAUGGACUCCCGAGGAAGACAACAAACUCUCUUCCUACAUCGCCCAACAUGGUACCCGCAACUGGCGCCUCAUCCCCAAAAACGCCGGCCUGCAAAGAUGCGGCAAGAGCUGCAGGCUGCGCUGGACCAACUACCUCCGCCCUGACCUGAUGCGUGGCAAGUUCACCGAUGCAGAGGAGCACACCAUCGUCAAGCUCCACUCCGUCGUUGGCAACAGUACUCUCUUCUUGCUGCCGGCUGGCAGAUGGUCGUUGAUUGCGGCUCAACUUCCAGGGAGAACCGACAACGACGUGAAGAACCACUGGAACACCAAGCUGAAGAAGAAGCUGUCCGGGAUGGGGAUCGACCCAGUCACCCACAAGCCAUUCUCCCACCUUAUGGCUGAGAUAGCCACCACCCUCGCCCCACCCCAGGUGGCUCACCUUGCAGAGGCCGCGCUCGGCUGCUUCAAAGAUGAGAUGCUCCACCUGCUCACCAAGAAAAGGAUCGACUUCCAGCUCCACCAAGCAGGGAACAACCACCACCACAACCAACAGUCGUCUGCUGGAAUGCCAGCUUUCGUCGCUGCAAAACACGAGGAGAAUGACGAGGACACGAUUGAGAAGAUCAAGAUGGGCUUAUCGAGGGCAAUGCAAGAGACUGGCAACACUAACAUUAACAAUAACUGGGAGUCCAACAAUAACGACCAGUUACCUGCAUCAUCGUCGGCACACUUCGGGAUCAGUAGCAUGUUCCAGUGCGGUGGUGAGCCACCGUCGUUUGAUGGGGACGCAUGGAGCCAGAGCAUGUGCACAGGGAGCACUUGUACCGCCGCAGGUGGAGAGAAUCGGAGAGGGCGGAUGGAUGAGGAGAAGCUUGACGAGGACGAUGAUGACGACGACAAUGUUCUGUGGGAUUUGCCGUCGGACGAGCUGAUGAAUCCUAUGGUUUAG